UUACUUACGGAAAAUGAUAAAAUGCGACUACGUAUGGGCGAAAAUAAGUGAGGAAUAUGAACGUUAUACGAUUAAUUUUAUUAUUAUUGAUUUAUUUUUAAGAAAAAAAGAUCCUUUCCCAAUAGCAGAGCCGAACUAUGCCGACUAUAUCGCAAAAAUAAAACGUUGUCACGAAAUCUACCUCCCACGAAUACCUACAUUUAAAAGUUCCUACGAAUACCGAUGUAUAAGUAGGCACCUAAAGUUUGUUAUCAUGGGAAACUAUUACUAUAAAACAAAGAUCGAUUCUUCGUCAGUCAUAGUCCGUCAUCCGAGUGAUACAACACGAUAACACGCGGACCUUAAGUUUAUACGAGAAUUAGGUACAAUAAAAUAAUUAAAAAGACUUUUUUUAUGUACAUCAAUGUGACAUCAAUUCAAUAAGUAAUUAGAAAGGUCACUGUGUUUAAAUAUUGAACUUUAAACAACUAAAAGUUUCAGAUCAAUCAUGUCGUGCCACAAGCUGACCGUGCCUCCCCCCAAGAUUGUGGAUCGGGAGUUUGUGAAGCCGUUGCUAUGUGGUCCAGGGCCCAGUGACGUCUGGCCCUCCGUCGCUCAAGCCCUCACCAAACCUAUCCUAUCGCCCAUCUGUGAUGAACUUUUUAAAGCUUCGGAUGAUAUUCGUGCUGGCUUACAAUAUGUUUUCCAAACUAGGAGUAAUUUGGUUUUGGCCUUGAGCGGGUCCGGUCACACUGGCAUGGAGACCAUUAUCAGCAACCUGGUGGGUCCCGGUGAAACUCUACUCAUCGCUUCAAGAGGCAUAUGGGACCAAAGGGCUUUCAUUAUGGCGAACCGAUAUGGUAUCAAGACAGAGACUGUCACCAUUCCAAUGGACAUGACCUUCACUCCUGCACAAUUGGAACCAGCGCUCAAGAAGUACCGUCCCACAGCCCUGUUCAUCACCCACGGAGACUCGUCAACUGGAACCGUACAGAACCUUGAAGGUUUAGGGGAUCUGUGUCACAAAUACGGAACUCUUUUACUAGUGGAUACUGUCGUGUCACUUGUCGCAGUACCAUUUUUCAUGGAUGAGUGGGGGGUGGACGCCGUAUACACUUCCACACAGAAAGCAUUCAGCGGGCCAGCUGGGAUCUCUCCUGUGGCAUUCAGUGCUCGAGCCGAGCAAAAAAUAAAGACGAGGAAGCAUGAUCCUCCUUUCUACUUCGACAUCAAACUUUUAGCCCAACAGUGGAACUGCUACGGGAAUACAAGAGCAUACCACCACACCAUCAGCCCUCCUCUAUUCUGGGCUCUCCGGUGCUGUCUUCAAGAGAUUAGCAAGGAGACUCUACCAGCGACGUGGGCGCGGCACGCGGCCAGUACUGCUUACUUCCACAAACGUCUUCGGGAGAACACCUUCGGUUUCCUAAUCCCGAAGCCAGAAGACCGCUUGGCAACAGUAACGACUGUAGUCCUACCUAAAGGAUACGAUUAUUUGGAGUUCGUUAAAUAUAUGAGAGCUAAGCACAACAUCCUGAUAUUCGCCGGCCUUGGACCGACCGCAGGAAAAGCUCUUCGUGUCGGCAUCAUGGGUGUCAACUCAACCAUCAAGGUUGUUGAUGCUGUAGUUGACGCUAUGGUGGAUACACUUGUAGCCCUUAAGAAGUCUUCUCUUUAA